AUGGAGUUCGAUUUGGAGGAUCCUCUCGCUGGUGCGGGUGCAGAAGGAUGGUGGGAUGUCGAGGAAGCCUCCUUGGAGAGCUACCGGCUGGAGUCUAUCGAGUCGCUGCUCGCCGCUGAGUCCGAUCAUGUGUCCUCCCUCAGGAAUCUCGAGGAGGACCUACCUCUCCGUCGCGAUGCCGUCUCGCUCCUCGUCCAGGUACGUCGGCUGGUGAUUGGAGAGUGUUGUCAUUUGUUACGUAUGAUUGCAUCCAGAUGAGGCCGGUAUCUUCGUUUCUGCGCAGGCUCAGGAUACCUUCUGCUCGGAUCCCUUCGUCGUGUACCUAGCCACCAACUACGUCGAUCGUUUCCUGUCGCGCGAGACAAUCUCGGUAUCUGUCGAUGCCUGUAGCGCCGAAGCAAUCGUGUGCAUUGUUCGACGUUUGCUCCGGGAAUGACUUGUCGUCCUGUACUGUUUUUCAGAGGGAUAAACCUUGGAUCGUGGGGCUACUGGCCAUCUCCUGCCUCUCCCUCGCUUGCAAGAUGAAGAAGAUGGAGUUCACUGUCGCUGAUUUCCUGGUAUUUCGCGCUUCAAUUUCUCGUCAUGUUCUUCACUUAACAACCUAAUGUGAUAUCUAUUCUUCAUUUUUUAAAAUUGAUGUGAGAACGUGAUCGGAUCCGGGAAAACGGAUUAGGCUGCAGAAGGUCUCGCAUACGACGGCCAAACAGUCCGGCGGAUGGAGCUGUUUGUGCUGAGGGUGCUCGACUGGCGGAUGCGCUCCAUCACUCCCUUCUGCUUCCUCCGCUUCUUCCUGGCCUUCUUUCGCCCUGUGGAGCCGCCGUUGAUCGCCGCCCUCAAGGCCCGCGCCUCAGAGAUCAUCUUCCGUGCCCAAAACGGUAACAAAUGUGGCAUCCAAUAGCGUUUCCCCGUUACUUGUUUCCUCAGAGAUCUGGGAAUGCCGACUGAUUGAUUCUACCUCGAUCGUCUACGGUUGUAGAGAUGAAGCUGCUCGACUGCAAGCCGUCGGUGGCGGCGGCUUCGGCACUUCUCACCGCCUCCCACGCGCUCUUCCCCCUGCAGUUCCCUUCCUUUCGCGACGCCAUAUCUUCAUGCUCCUAUGUACAUAAAGUAGGGGAUUCGACCAUCCAAGAGGGCCGUUAGUUACUACCGCCCUAAUUAUCCAUCAACGUCAUCAUCCUUCAACCAGCGGGGGAAUUUGAUAAUUUUUUUUUCGACCGCUUGGCAGGAGGAGGUGUGGGGCUGCUGCGUCGUGAUGGGGGAACUGACGGCGGCGGGGGCCUGCGGCCCGGCGCUCGAGGCGGCGCACUGCGCCACCCCGGUGACGGUACUGCGCCACCACCGCCACUGCUCGAGCUCCGAGAGCGAGGGCACCGUCGCAGGGGACUGCUCCCCGCUAGGCGGCGAUGCCGAGAAGCGCCGCGCCGGCGGCCUCGCCAGUGACUGCCGCACCGUCUUCCUCAGCCCCGCCGCCGGCGACUGA